AUGCUUUCACAAAAUGGUAAUCAAUUAAAACCAGCCAAUUUUUUUCAGGUGACAAGGCUAGAAUUAAGUUCUGAAGCCAAAGAUGAUGUCGAAAUAAACCAUGGAGACGAUAUACUAGAUUUUAUACUAGGGCAAGAUCUUACAAAUGGGACACAACGAAGUCAGAAAAGAUCUGAACCAGAUCCUUCAUCAGAUCCAGCACAAACCCAGGUAAAAUCUACAGGAAAUGACAAAAACUGUUCUGAAAAGUUAAAAGUAAUGGAGCAAAAUGAUACAUCCGUUGUUGAGAAGGAGACGAUUACCACUUCAACGACUAGCACCUGCUCGAAUCUAGACUUCAACUCUAUUCGUAAUUUUAACAUUACUAUCAACACAGCCAAGGGUAAUAAUAAAGGAAAUGAAUCAAUCAACAAUGAGUUAUUGAAUGGAACGAAGUUGGAAGAGGUAUGUAAAGGAGGUUUAGAAGGUAUUAAGGAGAGUGUUACAAAGCAAGAGGGAAAGAAUGGGAAUAAAAAGAGAAUCCAGGAGGACAAAGAAAGUUCGAAUGACUGUACUUUGACUAACAGUAGGCUUGAUAGAUUAUUGGAUGAAUUGCCCAAAAUUGAAGGGAUAUACUACGAACCUGAAUUUCGAUGUUUUAAAUCCAGGAUUCCAUCGCGAUACUCUAGGUUCACGGAGCAGAGCUCAUUUAGCGUUAAGAGAUAUGGGCUCAAAAACGCUUGGCUAAAAGCUGUUUCACACCUCUUCACUAACAUUGCAUCCUCGGUGUUUGACUUCCCACAAACUAACCAGACUUCUUGUGGACACUUGCCUGAGGGGUCUGGAAGGUCUACCUCAGAAGUGUAUGGUGUGUCUGAGGUAGUGUCAGACGUUAAAGAAAAUAACGUGAAAGGGGGCUCAGAUGACAUGGAUAACCUCGAUUACGACUCCUUUUACGAAACCCGACAGAAGAAGGCUAAGGUUUCCGACAUUGAGCUCAAAAACAUAAAACAUAUUAAACGAUUUAUGAUAAAUAGUCUCGAUAACGAAAACUUUGAGGACAGGGGAUAUGAAGCCCUUCUUUGCUCCUCUAGAACCAAUAAUAAACACGUUUUAUCAGCCGAAGAACAAAGUGACCCCAAAAAAAUCGCGGAAUCCCUCAGACCAUGGCACCAAAGUGUUUUUUGGAUUCCGAGCAUAUCGAGAUGGCGUACGUUGUAUUACGACGAGAACAGUGUGAGGCAUACAAAAACGUUCACGCCUGCGAUAUUCGGAGGAGUCCGGGAGGCAUAUUACGCCGCGGUUGAGUUCCGGAACAUGAUUGACAACAUGGACGAGCUAACUCUGCCAACUAUAAGGAGGAGCUGGGUCAAGUCAAACGUUACAAACACUUCCAAACGCCCCACCCCUACCGGUGAGGAUAACUUCGACUCUCCGGAACGUAAUCUGGACAAUAUCUCAAAGGUAAACUCUAAUUUUAAUUUUUCAAUACAAGUGAACAGCACUCACAAGACUGUUAACUGUAUCAACACUACCAACGGUACCAACGUUAAUGGCAAUCACAAAACUGACAAUCCUCUGAAUAAAUCGGGGAAAAACAAUUCUAAUAAUCUUGAAAAUAAAGUUUGUAAUAACAAUAGGGAGAAAGAUCUCCAUAAUAAUGAAAAUUCUAGCAACACUAGUAAGGAAGGAGCUCAAAGUAAUAUAUUAAAGGGAGUGGAUAUUGAUUUUUUAUCGGGCUUGGAUACGAAGGGACUGUUUAUCCCUAUACCUCUAGAUUGGAAGCAGGAUUAG